GUAUCCCCCGAGGGAAGAGUCACUGAUCUCUACUGACUAUAUCUUGACUCUAUUAUAUCUUAUAUUUAUUACACACAUACAGCUAUAUUGUGGAUAACUCAUCAUGUUGUUUCCUGCAUCAGGAGGGGCCAGGUUUGGUCUCAGGUCAACAAAGUGCAUAAGAUUUGCCAAACAUGGUUGCACAAAUAGGCCAUUCUUCCACAUUGUUGUUAUGGAGAAAAGAAAGCCCAGACAGGGUCAUGUGAUUGAACAGUUAGGGACUUAUGACCCUCUUGCUAAUGCUUUCGGGGAGAAAUUGUGCUCGAUCAACUUGGAGCGAACGUCUCAUUGGAUUGGUCAAGGUGCUCUCAUCUCUAACAGUUGUGCUGUUCUCCUGGGUCUCUCGGGAUUGUUACCUCUCCACCCGACGUCCUAUAUGCUUGCCUGGCGUAAUAGAAAAGCAGCCGAAGAGAAAUCACAGAAAGAGGAAACAUCUUAAGUUCUAAUUAUGUUUGAAUUACAGUACAGCACAUGUAUAUACAGUAUAUAUAUAUAUAUAAUGAUAAAUAAAAAUAAUUUGUUUUGUUUUA